AUGAACACAAUUAAACGACUGCGCCCCAUACGGGUGCACCUGACCGCCUCUCGCCGCCUCGAGACUGGACGGUUGCGGGAGGAGCCGGCGUGGUAUCGGAUUGUCGGCUCGAUACCGCCCACAACGUCACUUGUCCGCCCGCUCCCGGUGCAACAGAAGGACCACAAGCCAUGGACAAAGAGACAUAAGCCGAGAGGAAUGUUCAUGCCUCAGAAGAUUGAGUACCCCGAGGACAAGCUUCGAGCGCAAUUCUUCAAGGACCACCCGUGGGAGCUGGCUAGGCCGAGGAUCUUGGUGGAGAACGACGGAAACGAUCAUAAGCAUUAUGACUGGAGCAAGAUUGAGCAGCAAAGCAAGCAGCUGGAUGGUGAAAGUGUUGUCCAGCGACAGAUGUGGUUGAUGGAGAACAAGGGGCUUGGGGAGACGGACGCCUACGACCAUGCCCGUAGGGAAUUCUACGAACUGCGUAUGAAGCAGGACAUUGAGCGCCGUGUUGCGGCGGAAGAGGCCCUGGCUGUGGGCGCUCAGUUCGGGAAGUCGUACCUCGAGAUCGGUAUCGAGAUGGAGCAGAAGGCUCUCGAGAUGUGGAAAGAGGUGGCUACGGCCGAUAUCAUCAAGAGACGGGGCAGGAGUACCUUUACUGUGUCUGACUUUGAAGAGGAGCCGGAGGCACCAGUUUCUGAGGCCGAAGAGCAGCCAGUGGCUGCGGCGUAG